AUGGAGAAAACAGAGACCAAUAAUAAUUAGAGCAAAGAUCAUAAUUAUUAGUUUACAGGAGGAGUUGAUCUUUCAGACCUAUAGAAAAAGUUUGAAGACUACUAGAAUGGUGCCAUUGACCCUAGAGAAAUUUACAAGCAUACUCCUGAAAUAAUAUCUGCUGAAAAUGCAGCCAAGCACAUGAUUGGCAAGAAGCACAUAAUGAUUCUUACAGGAGCUGGUUUAAGUGCAGCAAGUGGAAUACCAACUUUCAGAGGUGUAAAUGGAUUUUGGAAUAGAAAAAAUGAAGAAGAUCGUGAAAUGGACCCCUAGGCUAUAAUGACUUAUAAGUAUUUCUACAGGCAACCUGAAAAAAAUUGGUAAUGGCAUCACGACUUCAUUGAACUUCAAAAAAGAUGUCAGCCUAAUAAAGGCCACCACUCUAUCUUGAAGUUUCAGGAGUUCUGCCAAAAGAAUAGAGACAAAAAUGUUGAAUCCUUUUUGGUUACUUAAAAUGUUGACAACUAUCACAAUUAGCUAAUAAAAUAAAGCAAAGUAUUCUACCCUUAUGGUUAUGAGGAGGCUAAAGGUGGCACUGCUGAUUGUGCAUUUACUCCAAAUAUUUAUGAAAUACAUGGAAACGCACUCUACAUGCAUUGUUCAAAUGAAGAUGAGGAGUGCAGUAAAAUAUUUUAUAAGACACCUCCUCUAUCAGAAUUAGCCAGUCAGACUUCAGUAGUACCAAAGUGCUAAACUUGCGGCAAGAAUAUGAAGCCUCAUUGCAUGUUCUUUGAUGAAUGCUAUACUGAGUUAUAUUACAAGAGCACUACUGUAGAAAACUACAUGGACGACAAAAUGGAUUGCUUGAUUGUAGUUGGAACUGCAUUAGCUACUGGAUUCGCAAAGAGAAUUGUAAACAAAGCUCUAGAUAAAAUAGAAUGUCCUGUCAUCGAAGUUAACCUAGAAACUUCAAUUGACAUAGGCUAUAAUUUGCAAGUACUAGAAAAAAGUGAGACAGCUCUAGUUAAACUAUUUGAAGAAUAUUAUAGACUAAUUACUCCAAAGCCUGAAGUGAAAUCACUGAAUAAGAGUGGAAUAAAGGAAACGAGAUCUACUUAAGCAGCAGUGAAAUCUACAAAACCUAGCACUUAUUCUACUUAAAAUAAAACAAACAGUAAUACUUAGCAGAAAUCUGCAAUAUAGGAGGCAAAGCCCUUACCAAUAAUUAAAAAUUAACCUUAAAAGAGAGAUUAAAGCAAAUAAAAACCACACUGA